AUGACUACUAGUGGAUCCGACUCGUCAGAGGCAGUUUCCAAGAUUAAAGUUAAGUUGCCAGAUAAUGAUAAUGUUGAUGAUGAUUCAAUCUUAAAUUUCUUGCAGUCACCGGUGCCAACAAAGCUACCACCAUUGAAAGGCAGCGACUUGGUUGAUAACUCCCCCACCGAGACAAAAAAUGGCAAACCAGAGUCCGUUACAAAACUAGCCACCACCAAUACCACCACCACUGCCAACACCAACACCAACACCACCACAACAACUUCAGCUCCUUCGUCGGCAAAGAAGUUGGUUGUGAAACAGGAUCCUAAUUUGAAAUCAUGCUUAUCGCAACCUUCAUCGGUGAAUUCACAACCCAGCGAUAAGAACAACGGCGCCUUUAACUCAACGUCUCACUCAGAUACGGAAAACCAACAUCCACAUUUUAUCGCAACUGAUAAUAUAAGUCCCAAUAACCAUGGACUCGGACCCAACAACCAAGGAGACGAAUUUGCCACUAUUACUCCUUCUUACUACUCGUCAAUCUCUCGGGGAUCUUCGAUUGCAUCACCACCUCAUGGUGCCACAUCGCCUCCCAUUACCAGUGCCCACGCACAUCCCGAGCAGCCUGCAGCCAUUUAUCACCCAAACAUUUCCCGUGUCAACUCGCUAAGAUACACGAGGCUGGAUGAUAAGAAGAUUAUAGACAGUUCACGUCUGUCGAGUACCAGCAAUACCAACAACAACAGUAACAAUAACACCACCGCCAAUGCCACGCCCACCACGACCACCACCAACAACAACAUUAAUAACAACUACACGACCACCACAACGAACAACAACAGCUCAGAGGAAAACUUGGCAAAUUUGAAAAGUACACCCGAAGAUACAAAGCUCCAUUUACUCAUUGGUAUAACAGGAUGCAUAUCCAUCCAUAAGAAUAUUUUUCUUAUAAUUGAAAAACUAUUUGAGCUUUAUACUCCGGAUAACUUGGAAAUCCAGGUAAUCCUCACAAAGUCGGCCGAGUACAUUCUACUGGAGAAACUUUAUAGGUUUGACGAGUUGGGCGUGAGGGUCUGGUUUAGUGAAGAUGGUUGGAAAUAUUUUCUUACUUCGCCUUUCCAAAAAGUCUACAACCAGGCAGUUGUCACGGGUAACAUACCGGCGUUUAAGAAACAAUUCCACUCGCAGCACCAGCUUUUGCAACAGUAUAGUUUGGUUUACGAUUUGCAGAGAUGGACCGAUGUUUUAUUACUAGCGCCAUUAUCAGCAAACACAAUGGCGAAAUUGAUCACUGGGUUAUCGGAUAACUUGCUCACUGACUUGCUACGGAUCUGGCCUGCUCCACAAGUACAUUACACCGACUCUAAGGAAAAAGCACAGGCCCCUGGUGAAGUCAAGAGGGAUACAACUGUCAUAUCCAAUAACCUUGCGGCACCAAAGCCAAUCAUUUCGGCUCUAGCGUUAACCAACUCGAUGUAUUCACACCCCAUCACCAAGAGGCAGUUGGUGCAACUACAGGAGACAUAUCCCAAUAUGAGCAUAUUGAAACCAGUGGAGAAGUGUGUUGAUAUGGAUGGCAAUAUAGCUAUGGGUGGAAUGAGGUCGUGGCGAGAAGUUGUUGAUUUCGUGUGCAAGAAGUUGGGUCCACCCCCUGAAGAAGAAGAAGACGACGACGACGACGACGACGAUGAUGAUGAUGAUGAUGAGGAGGAGGAGGACAAAGAUGAAGAUGAAGAUGAAGAUAAAGAUGAUGAAGAUGAAGAGGAGGAUGAGGAUGAAGAAGAUGCAGAAGACGAGAAAGAAUACGCCAAAGGAGAUGGUUUUGAUUUUAGCGGCAAGGGAGAGAUCAAAGUAGAGAAAUAA